UCAUAUUGAUGAAAUUAUUUUGGGUUAUGUUAAGGUAGGGUUUAUGGUUCAGGAUAAAGAAAUAUACUACGGAUUGCUGUUCUUAAUUCAAGUUAUUAUUGUUCGGAUCCUUCUGAAAGUCUUCAGGAGUAUUCACGAAUGUUUUACCUCUUACAUGUUUCCUCAUUUCGUCAUAACGAUUACUUCUCUUUGUCCUCUACAUUUAAGUCUUUUCCUUCAUGUUCUAACAGAUGUAUCUCUGAAAGUCGAGAAUCUGCAUCUAGAAUUACAAGAAUAUUUAGACUAGAGCAUUUCAAUAGUUUCUUCAACCACAGAAAUAGCCGUAUUGAAGGCCGCUUAACUGUUGGUGUAGGUCAUAGCAGCUUGAAUCUUAUGGGGCCUCAUCUUGAUACGGAAAUCAAUAAUUCCUCUUCUGAAGUACUCCCGAUCCCCAUUGGUGAGCCUCUCUCAUUCUCUACGUGCCGAGAUCCUACGAUCUGGAUUUUUAGCUCCUCUACGUUUCUUGGUUCCUAGCAAAUGUGCCAUUCACUCUAUAUACAAGUAACUAUACCCUCUUGCGGCACCGUGCCUGCUCUUUCGCCAGCACUGCUGGCUCAAGAUCUACUUUGCUCGUACUGCUUCUUUAACUUGGCCAACUCGUCAUCGGCAAUAGGUGGGA